AUGGAUUUGAAAUACUCCGCCGUUUUCCUCCUCGGUCUUCUUUUCUCAUGCGUUGCCAUGAGCGGGGCUGCCAGAAUCCUAGAGGAUACCGUUCCUUCCAAGGAGAAGCACCAGCCCGAGGUGCCAUCGCUUCCCAAGAUGGAGUUGCCACCGUUCCCAGAAGUGCACCUGCCACCUAAUCCUGAGCUACCCAAGGUGGAGCUUCCGCCGGUCCCUGAGGUGCACCUGCCACCCAAACCGGAGAUGCCCAAGGUGGAGCUGCCGCUUUUCCCGGAGGUACACAUGCCACCCAAGCCGGAGUUGCCCAAGGUGCACCUGCCACCUAAGCCUGAGCUGCCCAAGGUAGAGCUGCCGACAUUCCCGGAGGUGUACCUGCCACCCAAGCCCGAGCUCCCAACUUUCCCUGAGGUGCACCUUCCAGCCAAGCCUGAGCUUCCCAAGGUGGAGCUACCACUAAAACCCGAGAUGCCUACCAUCCCCGAGUUCCACUUGCCUGAGCGGGAGGCUAAGCCAUGA